GAUGACUUCAUCCCCGCGAGGGCGCCUUGUCCGCCCUUGCGCCCGCAGCCUGUCAGCCAGUUAGCUUGAGAGUCGUCAAUCGGCCUACAGGCAUUUGAAACUUCUCAUUCCACUCGCUGCCCGGCCAUCCCUAGGCGUUUUAAGGGGGACAAGCUUUGAACUUUCUUCACUAUCCCCCCCGGCACACACAGCCUUCUGUGGGUGUGACGAGCCUGUCAUCAACCCUGCGUGCACUCCAUCACACCUGCGAUCUACUUUUUUUUCCUGUCAAGAAACGGAGGCGUUUCUGUCACCCUCAUCCCUGAGAGGGAAUAAAAGGGAAAGGUUUGGAAGAUGACAGCGUGUUACCUCUCCUGGCAGCUGACUAGCCGGUGAAAAGCUAUGACACCCUGUCUGAUGUUUGGUGUCUGCCUCCCUAAGGUCAAGCAAUUAUCUCCUUAGAAGGCAACAGUACUAUGCGUGUUAUGAAUUGUGUCUACUUGGCCAGCGAUAAAGAAAAUGGGAAUAUCGCCAUGGCAGCUGGAUUCAUGAUUGGCCAAACGCCCCUUCCGGCUCCUCCUCCGCCCCCUCCGCCUCCACCAUGUCCAUAUUCGGAGCAAGGCUUUGCCCCCUCCCCGCCUCCUCCCCCACCACCUCCCCUGCCGGCCUCUGGACCUCCUGGCCCACCUCCCCCUCCGGGACUCCCCCCAGCUCCUCACCUAAAUGGCUACAGCCAGGCGGGCAAGAAGAAGCGGAUGAGGAGCUUUUUUUGGAAAACCAUUCCCGAAGAGCAAGUGCGGGGCAAAACCAACAUCUGGACCCUGGCAGCCAGCCAGCAGCAGCACUACCAGAUAGACACCAAGACCAUCGAGGAGCUCUUUGGGCAGCAGGAAAACACCGCCAAGCCAUCUGCUUCCAGACGGGGAGCGACUGUGAGUCCUUCCUUCAGGGAAGCCCGCGAGGAGAUUACCCUCUUGGAUUCAAAGCGGAGCAUGAACAUUGGAAUAUUUCUUAAGCAGUUUAAGAAGUCUCCGCCGUCCAUCGCGGAAGAUAUCCACCGAGGCAAGACGGAGCAUUACGGCUCGGAGACACUGAGAGAGUUCCUUAAGCUCCUGCCCGAGCCGGAAGAGGUGAAGAAGUUAAAGGACUUCAGUGAUGAUGUGUCCAAGCUGUCCCUGGCCGACUCCUUCCUGUACCAUUUAAUUCAGGUGCCAAACUAUUCACUCCGAAUUGAAGCCAUGGUGCUGAAGAAGGAGUUUUUGCCUUCUUGCUCUUCUCUCUACACAGACAUCACAAUUUUAAAAACUGCUACGAAAGAGCUGAUGUCGUGUGAGGAGCUACACUCCAUCCUGCACUUGGUGCUCCAGGCCGGGAACAUCAUGAACGCAGGAGGAUAUGCUGGCAAUGCAGUGGGAUUCAAGCUGUCAUCGUUGCUCAAAUUGGCAGACACCAAGGCAAACAAACCUGGCAUGAACCUCUUGCACUUUGUUGCUCAGGAAGCCCAAAAGAAAGAUGCCAUUCUUCUCAAGUUUUCCGAAAAACUGCACCAUGUCAAGGAGACUGCUAGAUUAUCUCUGGAUAGCACCGAGGCAGAGCUGCACUCGCUAUUCGUCAGGACCAGCUCGCUCAGAGACAACGUGCGGCGGGACAGGGAGCUUUGUCAACAGAUGGGAGACUUCCUUCAGUUUGCCAUGGAAAAGCUGACAGAACUGGAGCAUUGGAGACAGGAGCUGCAGGCCGAGGCCCAUACCCUCAUGGACUUCUUCUGCGAAGACAGAGAAACCAUGAAGCUGGACGAGUGCUUUCAGAUAUUCAGAGAUUUCUGCCUCCGCUUCAACAAAGCCGUACAGGACAACCAUGACCGUGAGCUGCACGAACUGAGGCAGCAGCAGCGGCUCAAGGAUCUGGAACAGAAACGGCGAUCAUGGGUCAGCGGGGACCUCGGGGGCUUCGGCCGCAGCAGCAGCGAAAACGACGUGGAGUUGCUGACCCAAAAGGGCGCUGAGGAGCUGCCCCCGUUCCUGCACCCCAGGCCCAACAGCCCCUCCUCCAGGCCCCCCAACACCCGCCGUUCCCGCCACUCCCUGGGCCUGUCGGCUGACAGAGAGCUACUGACCUUUCUGGAGAGUUCCAUGGCUGGCUCAGAGGAGGCCAACAAGUUCAACAGCCUGCCCUGGAGCAGCCCGCGGCAGGCUCGGCCCUCCAUGGCCUGGAUGGAGCAAGCGGAGCCCAGACGCCACAACUCCACUUCUACCCCUAAAGCGGAGGUCUCCAAGAACCAGGAGGAAGCUCCCAGCCCGCCAGCAAGGUGGACGAGCCAUCCCCCAGCGCCCAGACCCGAGGAGCCUGCCCCGGCCCUCCUCCAGGGGACUCGGCACAGCGGGGGCAGCAUCCUCAGAAAGAGGAACAGUGAACCCAUGGGCAUGGGCCCCGUUCUCUCCCCUCCCCUCUCGCCCCUGGCUCUGGGCAUUAAGGAACAUGAAUUGGUGACUGGGCUGGCCCAGUUCAACCUCCAGGGUCGCCAGGGCCGGGAGAACGCCUCCAGGCUCAGCCCAAGUGACUUGAAACCCUUGGAGCCCGAGUCUGGGGCACCCAGGAGCCCGCAGCCCCUUGAUGCCGGAGCACAGGAGGACAGCUGGGCAGCGCCUGCCGAGCCCUGCAGCGAAGCCCUGGGGCCCCUGGAGAGCAGCGACCCUGAGAGCAAGGAUCCUGAGCCCCUGCUGUACAUCUCAGACGCCACCGACUGCUCCCUGACCCUUGAUUGCUCCGAGGGGACCGACUCCCGGCCACCGAGCGGGGCGCAGCGCGAGGAGGCAGGGGCCGUGGGGGGCGGCUCCAUGUCCUCCGGGGUUGGGGAAACGCCUCCGGACAGCCAGCUCUCCUCCUCGAACCCUGCGUCCAGCCCCACCAGAGAGGCCUCUGCUGUCGCCUCGGUAAAGAACGAGCCCAGCGCGAAGGGUGGCCUUACGAGGGACAGAGCCAUCUCCAAAGCAAAGGAAGGGGUCACGCCGAAGAGAAUCCCCCUGAAAGAGGCAACCCCUAGCACCAGCAAGCCUGCGGGCGCACGGCGGGUCCCGGGCGCCGCGGCCAAGCCGGUGCGCACCUUGCACGCGACAGAGAGCGAGACCAUGCGCAAGGUCGUGCCCAUUUCCAAGGCGAAUAGGGGCGUAGCGAGCACGAAGCGGCCUGAGCCGUCGGCGGUGGCCCGGGUGCCCGUUAGAGACUCGCCCGGCAGCACCGACCCGCGGCUGGUGCGCGGUGGUUCGGUCAAGGACUCCUUGGACACGUCGCCCCGGCGGCCCUCCACCGGGGGUGCCGAGGAGCAGAGGCCACUGCGGGGCAGCAGUAGCAGCAGCGCGCGGCCAUGGAAAGAACCCCCUGCGUCGCUCAGGAGCUCCAUGAAGAAACCCAGUGCCAAACCCCUCAGGAAUAUGGCCAAGUCCAAGGCCGAGGAAGACAAAUCCUUCCGCUCCAACCCGGAGGGCCCGGACAACGAGCCCCCGACUCCGCGUGCCCCCCGCCCCCCGGCCCCGGUCCCCAGCUUUGCCCGCAGCACUGUGGCCUCCUCGUCCAGGUCCACGAGGACCGAGCCUCCCACCGGGUCGUCCAAAGUCCCCGGCCUCACUCGGACAAUGUCGCAGCGGCAACUCAGGGUGAAGGGCGCCCCCGAGGACGACGCCUCCAAGGACAGCAGCCCCCUAAAGCGGGCCAGCAGCGUGCGUCCUGCCAAGAAGGGCCCUGACUCUGCCGAGGCCCCUGGGAAGGGCAAGGGAGCCGGGGAAAGGGCCUCCUUCAGACUGAAGGGCAGCACUGGGAGCACGCUGGGGAGAAUCCUGGAGCCCCUGUGGAAGUAGUGGUUCUCCUCUUGUGGGUCCUGGGACUCCUGCAGUGAGGGCUGGCUGGGGGGAUGAGGACCCAAGCAGACCAACGGCCCAACACCUUUGUUACACGUGAAGCAGUCGUAAAGCCGCCCGCCAGUGGCAUUUGCAUGCCCAGGGGAAGGGCUGGUGCCCCACUAUGCCCUGGCCCUGACC